AGACAGAAUGAACUCACUCCAUUCACAAUUGUUGUCAAUGAAUUAUUGGAUCAUGUUCAUUACUUUCUGGUUAUUCAUAAUUACAAGUGCAGCUAUAAUCCAUAGUGAAAGUAAAUCUUUAUUGGAAAACUCACGGAAUGUCAAAACUACGAUGAGAAACAUACUGGGGUCAUGUUACAGCAAUUACAGUGCGUCAAAUCCAGUUUUUUUCAUGGGAAAUAUUAACGAGUUGAUUGAUGAAUAUUUAUUCGAUGUGCCUCCAGUCUCAGUUAUCUCAAUGAAUAGCCUGUUGGGCUUUGAAGUUGAUCACAAGGACAAUUCAUCAUUCAUUUUCAAGCCAAAUGUCAUCGUCUUGGAAGGAGACUCUCCAGAAACAUUGCAAUCAAACCUUUCAUUAUUGAAGAGUACAGAGUGGUGGAAUUACAGGGCUUAUUAUUUCAUUCUCGGGGUCAAUCAGGAUCGAUGUGAAAAUAUUGGUGAAAUUCUCACAACGGCCUGGAAAAUGAACAUUAUUAGGGCGAUAUAUAUCUGUCUCAACACGGAAAAUAUCCCCGAAUUGUUCACUCUGAAUGCGAUAACAAACUAUGCAGUUGCGCCUUGGGAGAAGAUUGAAAUUGCAGUUAAGGGGAAUGUCUAUCGCCAAUUGUUUGAUGCGAAUAUUUCCUGCCAGAAUUUGCAUUACGACAAAACCAAAGUCUUAAACGGAUUCAAAAUAACUGGCACCAUAGCAAAGAUUUCCCCUAGGAAUAAGGUGAAAGAUUUGAAUGUUGCGAAUCAAGUGGCGCGAAAUUUUAUGAAAGUAUUGAAUAUAAGCAUUAUCGUGAAACGAAAACCACCUGGUGAUUUGAUAGUACAGACGCUGCUUGAUGGCACCGCAGACAUGAUCUUGAAUUUCGGAUUCAUUUAUUGGAAUCCAGAGAGACAAUUUCUGUUUCCAUAUUUAUGGACUGAAGUAAUGGCAGCUAAAAAAUCCGACGGCUACUUAUCAACAUUGGAGAAGAUCGAUAAUUUAUGGAGUGUACCUAUACGAAUUUUGGGUCUCCUCAUUAUAUCGAUUUUCUUCUUGGUAAUGGUAUACGAAAAUGACGAUAUUUCCUCGGCCACGUUAGAAGUGGUGCGUUUAUUGACCUACGUGUCAGUCCAUACGACGCGUAAAAAUCUCUCAUUCAGGAUUUUCUUCGCAAUGAUGAUGAUCUUCAUGGUGAUCAGCAAUGGCGUCUUUCAGGGAGCAAUUUCUUCCUUUCUCACGAAGCCUCAACAGGCCAAGGGAGUCACUACAGUCGACCAGCUGCGAGAUUUAAAUUACUCACUUUAUACGCUCCCAGGAACGGCCGAACGAGCCAAAGAAGAAUGUCCAGAUAAUGAAGUUAUUGAAGUUCCACUAGAAGUUUGUCCGGACAUGCUGCUGAACAAAUCACACGGGGUCUGCGUCACAUUCCGAGAAUUCUUUUAUGAAUUCUACCCUAAUUCCACUCUCACACUCAUGAAGGAACCGUUGAAGGCGACGUACUUCAAUCACAAAUGCAGAGACGACUGGCCACUCCAUGAACGGGUCAAUAAUUAUUUUAUACAAAUCUUCGAAGCGGGUUUAAUUGGUUAUUGGUUGACGGAAAAGAUUCGUCUCACAAUGGACAAAUAUCGGGCAAAGGAAUUGGGACUUCUGUCUCCAAAUUAUACACCAGUCCAACUUGAUGCCCUAGACUUUGCGUUUGAAUUAUUAGCAAUUGGACUCUGUCUUGCUUCGGUCAUUUUUAUUCUGGAAGUUGUCGUAAACGAGUGCAAAAUUUGCUCGUAAUAUGUGAAAUAUCAAAUAUUCCAAUGACGUCCACCACUUGGAGGCUCCAGCUUAAUAUUAUCAAUCGAAAAACUAUUUAAACAACGAACGUGAAUUAAUACCAUUGCCCCUGAUUAUUUCAUAUAAUUCUUGGAAGCGGAUUUAACUGGUCAGUGGCUGACGGAGAAAUUUCGUCGCACGGUGCACAAAUGGAACUCCUGUCUCUGAAUUAUAAAUCAGUCGAGCUGAAAGCUCUAAAGUUUGCAUUUCAAUCACCAACAAUUAGACUCUGUCACGCCCUUGUCAUUCUUCUUUCGAAAGUUGUUGCAAAAGAGUACAAAUUUUAUCCUCAAUUUGUACCCCUGAUAGCAAAUUUAUUUAUUAUUAAUCGUAACACGUCUAACAACGAAAAUAAAGCUUAUUGCACUAUCAGAGGAAAAGCAAUUUUUCUUUUUGUCAGAACAUAUGUAAUACACCGGAUUACUCUUGAGAGCUAUUGAGGGCACGGAGCUUACGAACGAGCUUAUUGGAAGAUAUCGAUUUUCCACUCAACUUUAGAUGUUCCAUUCCAAUCUAAAAGAUUUUUAUGGUAUUCCAGUGGACGUUCUUCAAUCCUGGAGAAUGUGAUAAAACAUGGUUAUGCUCUUGACAAAAUCAAUAUUUGCUUUGCCGUUCCCAUUUCAAAGUGACCAACGUGAAGACGAACGUUGUUUGAAGGCAAAUUAGAGUACAUUGAAAAAUUACAUACCCUCUUUUUUACUUAUUUUCCCUCUCAUCCACCUCUGCUUUGAGUCAUUCAGACCAAAGUGACAGUUGGAAGGCAGAAAAACUCGUGUUGAUGAAAUUGAAUUACAACUUUAUGAUACAUUUUCUCGUAUGUUUGAAAAAGUCACUCGUUUUUUUUUGUUUACGCAGUUGAAAUGGUUUUCUCGACUUUCGUAAACCUGCGCCAUGACUUUUUUUCUUUUUUCCCUAGACAAAAUUCGUGUUGACGCUAGUUCUCAGGGCGAUCUGAAGUUUUCAUGUCGUACUUGUAGUUUGCAGGAAGUGAUACGUGAAUCGUUCAUCUGAAGAAUGGCAAUAAUUUUCGCAUUUAGAAUAAAAAUAGUAGUAUACCUCCGAAUUUAGGACAGAUAGAUAAAACUCCCCCUACGAUUAUCGUUCCCCGGAUAAGGUGAACAUCCCCUGGAGGAAUAAUAUUGGUAUCCGGGAGGUGCAGAGGCUCGUUGAAAGCACAGACGUUGAGAGUUAACGUAAAAAUUCGUGGAAUAUUUUCCCUCGAGUGUUUCAAGCUGGCAUUAACAUGGGUUGACAGACGCGUAUUAAAUUAUGCUCGACUGAAUAAGAGCUCUCAAUAUCGAGCAUGCUCUGGAAUUCUCCUAUCCACCGGAAUCCCUCAUUUCCACAAACAAUUACGAAGGUGAAUAUGUCGAAUAAACAGCACUAAUGAAACGAGAAAAUAGGAAGAUAUUUGUUCUACAGUUUUAUUGAACUAUUGUGAAAUCGACUGAUUAGUUUCAAAUGAAUUCUGUCUACUGUUGCAUUCAACAUCAUUAAUUGAAUUUCAAGCAGUGAGUGAAUUUAAGAGAUGAGAAGAAUCUGAUUGGAGUUUGUGAUCUUUCUCCGGGGAAAUACGAGUCUCCAACACUCCACGAAUCAGUCGACUGUGUCCUCCUGAAGUGUAUGACAAACAUUGAGUACUCUAUAAUUGAUUUGCGAAUAGCCUGCACUAGAUUUGCAUCGAAUUUUCACUGUAUUAACCACCAUUUUCAGCACUUUUAACAAUAUAACAUUUUCUCGGUGUCGGCAACAGUAUUUUAUUCAGCAAAAAUAUUCGCUCUCAUAAAAGAGAAUAAUAUUUUAUCGCUGCGUUUAUCAAAUGCCCAGACAACAUGUCCAUUUUUUUUUAUUCAAUUUGGUACAGUUUUAUUUUUAUUUAGUUCUGUAUCGCCUGGAGGUGAAACGAAAUUUUAUCCAGAAUCAUUAUAAACGGAUGUUGUAAAAUAUUUUUGAACAUUUUUUGAUUCAGUCUCGUUAGUGGUGAAAUGUUUUAUGUUUAAUGUUCCUCUUGAUGGAUAAAAAACCACCAAAAAAUAACCACAAUGAAUAAAAGGAUCGGAUUCCAUCCUGAGAAAUUUGGUGCUCUUCAGAGAACAAACUCUUCACUUUUUCUAUGCCACAAGUACGUGAUGAGGGUAAUGUAUAGAGUAACUAGCCACAACUUAUAACACAGUGCGAUCACGUAUGGAGGCGGUGGUGUGGUCCGUUAACGUUUACGUACAAAUGUAAUUACGUGGCGUUCAACGCAGGAAUGCCAGCAAUGGCUGAAAUGUCAUCUGUUCCGUCAAAACCCUCAUCACUUGAGCCCUCAAUAGAGUCUCAAUAAAAUGAAAAUUGGAGGCAGUUUGUUCGUGACAAAUGUCGGGUCCACGUUUGACGAGAAUGAUCCGCAGUUCUACAUUCACCGUGACCAGAGUGCAAUGUCAAACGAUGAAUUAACCGGCGUCAAUGUGAUAAACAAUUUUUCCUGAACUGCAUCGUAAUUUUACCUACGAGACUUGGAAGAUUUGCAAAAGUUCAGGAUAUCCGUGUGACGCCAUUUGGCCUAGCGACUUCCUCGGUCACGUGGAACUUCAGAAAAAAAAAAAACUGAAAGCGAAGGGAGUUAUAAAGAUGAGGAAGAGCCGAAAUGGAUUUAUGGAUAAAAGUUUGAGGGGUAAAAAUGUUGUAAAAAUAAAAAUCCCGUCAUACACCGAGAAAAUGACAAAGUUUCGCUGACCCUUUGACACUUCAUUCCCAAGUUUUUCAGCAUUGGAGAGAGUGAGUCGUAGAUUUUUCACCGCACCCAAUGUCAAUUUUAAGUGAAAAUCAAUGCGCCAUUUUGCCCCUAUUAAUGGCAAAAUUGCAUUCAACUGGGAGAAGUGUUUCAAUUUCGUACUGAGUUGGAUUUGUCCCAAUAUAUCGAGAUAACAGUCUCCAUUGGAGGUAGUUUCAAACUUCACACGUUUCUCGAUUUCUGUUGGGGGAGGAAGGAGGGAGCGAGAGAGAGAGGGAGGAAAUGGCGGAUGGGGUGGUCCUAUAUAUCCAUUUCUCGGCGGUCCUUCACCCAAUCUAUCUACCCAGAGCUCCACCAGAAACAGCCUCAAUCCUGGCAAAUGCCGCAUGACGGCUGGGUCAACCCUUGCCACUGGAUUUCUUGCCACCUUGUACCUACCUUUUUUCCUCCUUCGGUCUCCCUUUCCUGAAGGGAGAAUUGGAUUCAAAAUCCAGGCACGUUUCUAAUAUCACUGGCCAGAAAGAACCAACAAUACCACCAAAACAGACCACUUUUUUCGGAUUUCGGGGCAGUAGAAAUGAGUACUAGGAAUAUCAAUAAUUCAACUCGUAUGAGAUUUUGGAGAGGAUUGACGGCGUCAUGCUCACGAUACACUGACGGUAAAAUAUAUUUUUAUUGAGAUCUUUCCUUUGGGACAAGUGCUAUACACUUGAACAAAAUCAAAUGACGCAAAACUUGUACGAAACAUGAAUGAUUAAUCUUCCAAAGACCUUUACGUUCAGCAACAACCAAUAUCUGCAUUUCCCACUCUUCUUGUGAUAUUAAUUUCUAGUCUGGGUUAUUGGAGAAUUAAUCACCAACGAACGAUUGUCUCAGAUCGAUUUCUCUCGAUGAAAAAAACAUUUUCUUUCAACAGUUGAAUUUACUCAACUUUUCCAUUUGUUAAAGCUCUGAUUCAACCUCAUGAAACAGUAAACAAAGCACUUUUCGUUCAAUAUUUUAGCUAUUUGAUGUCUGAAAUUUUCCUCAGAUUUGCGAGUUGUUCGUCCGUUAAGAAGAUUAUCUCGCAUAAAACCUGAAGAGAAAAUGUUCUGCUGUAUAUUCUGGUACAAAACUGUUUUAUCAGGAGUAUAGACUUCCACGUUUUAUAUUAUAUUUUCAAAUCCUCAAAACCCAGAUUUCUUGCAUAUUGAGGUCGAGCAUACCCUCUCCUUAUAAAUCUCUUCCCCAACGUUUAAUGUAAAAAACAGAACGAAGUGCACUCGGUAAAAUAAUUUAAUCUCCAUAAUUAAAUUUGAAUAUGAAAAAUUAAUUUUUUCCAUUCUUUCUUUGCCCUAAAAAUACGCGAUGUCGGAGAGCUGUGAAACAAUAAAUGUACUCGUUUGAGCACAAUAGAACGGUAACAAAGAGAAUUUGGAGCAUUUCGGGAUAUGAGAAACGGAAAAAUAAUGAUCACAACAAAGAAUAUUUUUUACUCUUUCUUCUGUAUGCUUUUUUUCGUGGCUUUUGUCAUACUUCUGUUGGUAUUUCGUUGAAAGUAUAUUUUACCUUGACGUACUAAAGCAUGAGUGGAAAACCAGGACUUUUUGUGGUACAACAGAAAUUUUCUUUGAGACGCUUUGACUUGACACAAGCGCACGUACAGUACAAAACCUUCUCUAUCCGGUGAUUUUUUUCCCUCCUAUUUUGCUAGCAUUCCUCUAGUUGUUGGGAGUGUUAAUGGAGAAACUCCCUGCACCGCAGGAGAAUUCCAAUGUAUUUUUUACAAAAUUAAUUCAACAAUAAAAGGGAAAUAACAAGAAAAUAAAUGUCGGGGGUGAUUUUUCACGCCAAAUGUGGGUUAAAAAAACUCAAUUUUUUUGUUUUCAUCAAUAAAAUUGUAAUCUCAAUUCCGCCACGUUGCCCACAGAUAUCUACUGAAAUUUUAAUACUCCAUCCAUAGUCGUAAUAAUAACAAUAACAAUCAAAGCCUGGAAAAUCGAUGGUGGCUAUGAAAGUUUAGUAGUCCAUUAAUUCUAAUCCUCGCCCCCCACAGACCUUCGCUUAUAUCUGACCUCUCACGUCUCUCCUUUCUCGUACCAAAAUCCAUACAAAGUUUUU